AUGUUUGAUUUCCAUUCGAAACCCGAUGAUGUCCCUGCGAGGCGCGUAGUUACAGACCCAGUGAUUAUACAGCACUGGUUGCAGCUCGCCACGACGGUAUUGAAGGAUCCUACUGGACAGUCGCGGCUGUUGAAGCAGCUACUCAAUGUUACUCUCUACAUCAAUCGAUUGCUGGAAUUCAUGGAUCCGCCAAUUUCACUAAUCGUCUCAACUGUGCACACAGUACAUUGUGCACUUGAAAAAUACCCUGCAUUGUCAACGACAGCAAUCGAGACCCGUGCAGCUCUUGGAGCGCUGGAUAGGCUAAAAGAUGAUCUUUUGAGCUGGCAUCCACUAAGCUCGAGCUCUGCACCAGUUGAGGAUGAUAUCGACUCUGGUUCUACCCGGUCUAGCAUUGCUAAUACCAAUGCCCCUCAGCUUCCGCCAGAGCUCUGCCUUGAAAUACUGGACCAUAUAAUCUGCUCACAAUUGGACUCCCAGGCACUACGGAAGUGCCUGCACAACCUUUCCCUAGUUUCUAGGUCGUGGAGAGAGAUCGCUCUGCCACAUUUAUGGUUUGAUCCACGGCCUUUGGACUGCCCUUUGCGUCAAUUCAGGUUCGGCUAUGUAGCGCUUCUAUACCCUCAGCUGGCCUCAAAAGUGCACAGUCUCAAUCUCCUAUGGUCAUUUGGUGGCGAAAACGUCUUUCUUAUGGAAGAGCUUUGUAUAAAUCCCUCUCUUUCUGCCUCCGUCACCCAACUUACCCUCUACCGUUGUAAAGAUACCAACAAGAGAGAUUAUAUUGGGCAGAAAGACGUAUCAUCUCUUUCUCGGAUUCUAUCUCUCCUUCCCAACCUGCGAACGUUGCAGCUGGAAACGUUCGAUCCUCCGGGAGAGCAGGAGUUUGAGGUAAUACAAGAAACUACUUCGGGCCAGAUUGUUUGGCAAACACCUCUUCCGGGAAGCGAAUGGACGACAGUUCUUCGGGUUCCUUUCCCCUUUUCUGAAGCGAUCUCCAACCUGUCCAGGCUCAGUAUUUUGUCAGAUGCAUCAUGGUGCUGGGCUACGAUCCGACCGUCGCUUGGUCCUCGUCUCAAUUCCCUCUGUCUCGGCCAAGAAGUGGCUUUGGAUCCUGGAGAAAUGCUUGACAUUGCACGUCGCUGUACUAACUUGAAGGAGUUACGAAUCCACGCCGCAAACAUGAUACCAGAGCAUGAGUUAGCGGAGGCGUUCAGGUUGUUCGGGGCGAAUUUGGAAGUUCUUUGUCUGGGUGAUGGCCGCCUUCACGGGGUCUGUUACUGGGUCCAGGAACUUCGUCAUUUAUCCUCACUAGAUGACCAGCAUCGAAAGAUCCAACUAAGACAUCUUGAGCUAGGCAAGGGACAGGAAAUGGGAAUCAAUGAGCUAGAGGCCUUAGCAUACGGAUGGCCUUCUGGGCCUGGCUGCUCGACUCUUGAGAUACUGGUCAUAGAGGAAUUCGACCGCAGCGUGCGAGGGGGCGUGUGGGAUCCAAGAAUGGACGAGGCACUAGAUUAUCUAGUUUAUCGACACGCGCCAACUCUCAAGAGAGUGGCCAUCCGCAGUUGGGAAGUUGGGCAAUGCUUAUUAGAGAGGCUCGCAGACUGCAAACAGCUUGAGUCUCUAGACUUGCGGCCUCGUCCCUCCGAGCAAAAUACAGAAUUGGUUGACGCUCUUGUCAAGAACUGUCCUUUCUUUGUUCCAUCGCUGGAGCUACUCGAAUGGAUUGAAAUGGAUAUUAUCGAAAGUCAAGAAGACGGGUAAUGGUAUAGGAUUACCCGACGAUGAGAUACUGACACCAGGUCCCUGUGGUAUCUCUCUGAUUCCUUGCCUCUUUGGAGCUUGGCUGGAAACGUCCACCUGCUGCUUUUCAGUCACACGCAGCGCCUUUUUGUAUGCCGACAAGAUACCCUAUCGAUUACUGAAAUCGCUUCCCUUCGAGUUUGAUCUAUAUAAGAGGAUGUUGAUAGACAAGGAGAAUCGUUGAGAUGGAGCAUAUGCAGAUCGUGAACCUAUUUCAUCCUCUAUUUAAGCAAAAGACGAUGCUGAAGAUUGACUCUGAAUGCAGCAGGACGAAAAACAAUACUCUUCACGGUUCAAGAUCACCAUUCCAGGCGAGGUCUUGAUGCUAGAGGAAAGUCAGGGGCAGAUCAAGAAGUCUCCUUUGCACCGUCACUCUCAUCUGCUGUCAAUACGACAAUUGUCACCAUUGGCCCUGCUGACCAUCGCAAAACAUUUCCAAUCAACACUAGGCUAUGCUCUUUCCACUGAACAUGUGGGAAUGAGGACGGGGCUUGAUGAUGGGGAUGAUAAACGUUUGUGGAUAUGAACCACAGAAGGAUUCAUGAUCUCGGUGACAUUCAACAGCCACACGCCAACUGGAGCUUUGGAGAUCUGGGACCACAUUCAAUAGACUGCGAGUUCCCUGCUGAUCAUGGUCCAUAAUCCUAGUUCUUCCAGAACGCUCCUCAUUAUGGAACUAUGGCAAUACAGGGCAUAUCCUGUCUUGCAAAAACUUCACUUUAC